CCUAGGGAACUGAUGGCGUCUUUCCGAUUGGGUGUGUGUCAAAAUUUCCACCGAAAUUCAUGACUUAGGUGCGUUAAUUCCAUUCAACACAAAGCGGGUGUGGAGUCAUGGCGUCGUCAUGGGAGAGCUUCAUUGCUGCCUCCACCUCGGCAGCCCCAGCACACACCAGCGUUUCAGCCACGCCCGCUGCAGCUGCUGCGUCACCCGGCGGGGGUCCCAUCAUCACUCCAGCAGCCACGUUGCCCCAGCAGAGUUAUAACCCCUCAGACCCUGCCCACCACCAACCCCCACACCAUCCCCCUGUCACGCACUAUCAGCAACAGCCACAACACCUACACGUUGGACAGCCUCCGCACCAAGGGAUCAGGGUCAACAUUCCUUCCCAGGUAACCAUUGGGAGUAGUGGGCCAACGACACCAGUUCCGCAGACUCCUGUGGGAGGCCCUCCCCCGUUCGUUGCCCCUGUGCACGAGACGGAUCUUCCACAGGAAAUGCUGGUUGCUGGAUGGAGGAAAUUCUGGAGCAAGAGGGAACAGCGCGUGUACUUUUGGAAUCGCACCACGGGGGAGUCACUAUGGGACAUGCCACCAGGUCAUGCCUCUCAUGCUUCACAACCAUCUGGGCAGCAUCCUCCACCUCAGCAGCAACAGUAUGAUCCUAUAAGUGAUCCACUAGGGAUACAAAAUCCUACCAAUGGAAGCAGUUCCAGUGCCAACAACUGUCAGAGUGGCAGUACAGCAACCAACAGCAGCAGCCAUCCGGGAAGCAGCACUACGGCCCCAGUCCCCUCGCCUGCUCCAUCAGUCAUAUCAGGAGUCAAGCGCCGAGCAUCUGAGGAGGCUUCUGGAGCUCCUGUACCUAAGAAAUUUGUUUUGGCAGGCCCAUGGGAUUUAGAAAUUCCAACCAACGUCAUCAUGUUUGAGCGUCCGCCAAUCACCUUGCCACAACCGCAUCCCAGUGUAGAAGUUCUGCGGGGACAGCUAGUGUCAAAGUUACGCUCAGGAUACCAGGAAAUGUGUCUGGCGAGACAAGGCAUUGAUGCGCCAAGAGAUUCCUUUAGUCGGUGGUUGAUGGAACGGAAGGUAGUUGAUCAAGGAUGGGAUCCACUCCUUCCCAGUCAGUGUUUUCCUGAAGUUAGCCAGUCCAUGUAUAGAGAAAUCAUGAAUGACAUCCCAAUUAAACUGCAGCGGCCAAAGUACACAGGUGAAGCCAGAAAACAGCUCUCUAAAUAUGCAGAAGCAGCGAAAAGAAUGAUCGAGACGAGCCGGAAUGCAAGUCAAGAAAGCAGAAAAAUUGUUAAAUGGAAUGUGGAAGACACUUUUCAAUGGUUGCGGAGAACAAUUGGUGCCACUUUUGAUGACUACAUGGAAAGACUGGCACAUCUCAAGAGACAAUGUCAACCUCAUCUCACUGAGGCAGCCAAGCAGAGUGUGGAAGGCAUCUGCACAAAGAUCUACAACCUGUCUGUGGAACAUGCCAAAAAAAUUAGAGAGAAACACCUGCAGAUUUUGGAGGAAAACAAUAUCAGAGAAGUGGGAGUGCCAGCUGUCAGUGGGUUGCGGAAAGUUUGGUGUUACCCGGUACAAUUCACAACACCUAGUCCUCGGCCGCCUCCGAUUGACUUUAUGCAAGACAAAGAUACAACCUGUUUAAGAUAUAAUGGGGAAGCUCUCAGAAUCAACACACAGUACUUUCAUAAAUUGGAGCAGUUAUAUCGUUACAACUGUUUUGAUGACCGCAAAUUUGAAUUAUUUUUGCCUAGAGUAUGGUGUUUAUUGAAAAGAUACCAAACCCUCCUCGGGACCAGCCCUAACGAGGGCCAUGGGACACAAGCAGGACUACCAGUGACAGUUCUGGAGUGCCUACACAAACACUUUGGUGUUACUUUCGAGUGCUUUGCAUCUCCACUGAACUGUUAUUUCAGACAAUUCUGUUCUGCUUUCCCAGACACAGACUCUUACUUUGGAUCAAGAGGACCAAUUUUAGACUUCAAACCAGUUUUCGGUUCCUUUGAGGCCAACCCUCCAUUCUGUGAAGAACUAAUGGAAGCAACUGUGCGUCACUUCGAGAAACUGUUGUCGGAGUCGCAUGAACCGCUCUCCUUCAUUGUGUUUGUACCAGAGUGGAGGGAGCCAGCUCCCUCUGCUCUCCUGCACUUGGAAGCCUCCAGAUUUAACAGAAAGCAAGUUGUUCUACUUCCACUUGAACAUGAAUACAGACAUGGUUUCCAACACUUCAUGUCAAAGUCUGAGGUAGUGUUGAAGAGUGCCCACGGAACAGUUGCUGUCUGGCUUCAGAAUGAUGCCGGGUUUUCCCGCUGGGGCCCUACCCCAGACAGAGUUGAUGCCCUAUUAGAAGCCUACAGACCGGGCCGUGAGCGGGACCGUGACCGCCAGGAGAUGCUUUCCCCACCGCGGAGGGACUCGAGUGCUGAAGCUCCUCCACCCUAUGUUGAUGUAAAAGCUGCCGGAAGCUCUCCACUAGCCCCUCCCACAGCCCCGUCAACUGCUGUUCCCUCUGCCAUCUUAACCACCUCCCCUUCCCCAGCUGUGCCUCCCAUUGCUCCAACGAGCCCUGCUACAACCACCACCAUCUAGAAAUCAUGGGUAAACGUUAGCUAGUUUGCUCUGUGCGAAGCUUGCAUCUGCUGUAAAAUGCUGGGUGCCAGACUUUAAAAGGCUGUAGUUAAAAACAUGGGAUAAUACGUUCUUUCCUCAACUCUGCUAAGUGUUUGAUAUGUGUUCACAGGGUAGAUGGAGAAUUUUUUUUUUUUUUUUUUUUUGUUAUUUUAACUUAAAUACUGACUGGGAAAUAGCCUGUAAUGUGACCACACUUUGUAAAUAACAUUUACCCAUUUGAAGGUGGAAGACGGCAAAAAAAUUUGUGUUCUAGUGUUCCUCAUGGAUAUAGAUGAAUUUUGUUGAGUUUCUUUGGUGAUAUUAUUUAUAUUUGCUAAUCUGAAGGAAAGGAAAGGGAUGAUUGAGGUUGAAUCAUGCUCACUUUUCUAUUUAUUUUUUUACUUGUAAUUUGUUUUGCUUUUUUUUUUUUUUUUUUCAUUACUUCUUGUAAGAGAAAUUACUUUUAAAGGAUCCUAAUUUCAUUUUAGAAACAUAAGAUUAUAGACGGAUAGGUUAUUUCAUGUAAUGGUUAGUCCUACUUGCCCUAUUUGGGAGAUUACGUUCAAGAGGUAGUGAGAUUUUUAUUUGAUGUUUUAUGUUUUUGAGGAGGGAGUGGCAGACUGCCUGAUGUAAACAGGGCCUUUGUUGGUGAGCAGAAAUUAGUGAGCUGGUGAUAAGGACGGUGAAUGGUUUGCCAAGGAACAGAUGAGAAUGAUGUUACAAAGUAGCAGAAAUUUCUUUGAGAGGGUGGGGAUGUGUGAAUUGCAUCGGAGGAAAAGGUGAUAGUAAAGAAAAUCAAGAAAAGAAGAAAUUGGAAAGAUGGUGGAGUGGUGCAGAGAUGUUGUGCAGGUCUUUUUUUUUUUCUUUUUUUAAUUUCUUCUGUAUUUAUUUGCUUGGUAUUUUUAUGAAGAGAAAAAGAAAAUGAAAAAAAAGCUAAUUGGAAAAAGUUGAGCUUUUGUGCCGUCUCUUUUUUUAGUGUCAUGUUGCACAUUACGUGUAUAGCUUCUGUUGAUUUUAUGAUGUAGAAUUGUAAAGAAAAGUAUUGUUUAUAUAUAUGUUUGAUAUGUAUUUUAUUUACAUACGUGAGUUUUUUUUUUAUUAGUCUGGCAUUAUAGUACUUGACUGUACUGAAAAUAAAUAUGCAUCAAUA